UUGUAGAACUAUCGAUUGCCGGAAGGUACUAAUUUAAUAUUGAAAAUACUAUCGUCUCCGACUUGCAAGUUGAAAAGCAUGCAAAACAAUAAUGUUCAGUUACGUAUUAUUUUCAUUACUAAUUUUAUCAAUUUCCUUCUAUUGUCAUCAAAUUUUUAAUCAACCAAUUAGCAUAAUUAAUUAUCCAAAUGAGUCCUACGAUUUUAUUGUCGUGGGUGCCGGUACAGCUGGAUGUGUUUUAGCAUCGCGCUUAUCGGAAAAUCCCAACACAACUGUUUUAGUAGUCGAAGCUGGCGGACAAUUUAAUUGGUUUUCAACAGUGCCUUUAGCCGCUCCAAUUCUAUUUAAUUCUGAGGUCGAUUGGUCUUAUAAAACCGAACCCCAAUGGUAUUCAUCGAAAGGAUUUCACGAUCACAGACAAAAAUGGCCGCGCGGAAAAGGAUUGGGCGGAAGUGGACAAUUAAAUUUCCUCGCCCACUCGUUUGGUAAAGCGGAGGAUUUUUCAAAAUGGCCGGGCGGUUGGUCGUUUUUCGAUUUGCAGCCGUAUUUCAAGAAAGUCACGGCCAUAAUGAACGUGAGAAAAAUCACCUCCGACGAUGAAUUGGCGAGUGCUGUCAUUGAAGCUGGUGAAAAAUUACGGAAUAAUGGCGCAAUUUUUUCGCCAGCAAGCGACACAUUAAACGACGGAAGUCGAUGGAGUAGUUUUAAUGCUUAUUUACAGAGUGCCUGGAAUCGGGAGAAUUUACAUAUUCUCACAAAUACUCUUGUCACCAAGAUCGUAUUUGGAAAGAAUUUAAAAGUCGAGGGAAUCGAAAUAAGACACGAAAAUGGAACAGUCGGUAAAGUAAUUGCCAAAAAUGAAGUUAUUCUUUCAGGUGGAACUAUUAAUACACCGCAAUUAUUAAUGUUAUCGGGAAUUGGACCCUCGAUGGAGCUCAAAAAGCAUAAUAUUACAGUCAUUAAAGAAAUUACAGAAGUCGGUCAAAAUUUAUUCGAUCAUUUAAAUAUGCCACUGUACGUUUUUCUCCAAGCUCCAAUUACAAUAACAAUAAAAAAAAUUCAAAGCAUCACGACAUUAUUGCAAUAUUUUAUUUUUGGAACUGGACUUUUAACAACAAACGGAAUAAAAGCAAUUGGACGUAAAAAUAAUAGUGGUUUUAUGCUUUUUGCCGGUGCAUCGACAGAUGAAAAAUUAUUGAAAUCUAUUGGUAAUUAUCGAACAGAGGUUUUUAGAUCACUUUAUCCAACUUAUAAUAAUACGUCACAGGAGGGAUUUCUUUUUUUGGCAAGUUGCUAUCAACCAAAAAGUCGUGGGAAUAUUACUCUAAAAUCUGACAAUAUUCUCGAUCCACCGGCAAUUGAUCCGUCGUAUUUAGAACACGAUGACGAUAUUAAAUGUUCGCAAGAAGGUGUGAAAUUAGCGUUAAAAAUACUCGACAGUGAGGAAUUUCGUAAAUUGGGGGCAAAAUUGCAUAUUCCAAAUUUGAAGAAUUGCCCACCAUCCGAUAAUAAUUAUUGGGAUGAGAAUUUUUUCGAAUGUGUAAUUAGAACUGGCGGAAUUGCAAGUUAUCAUCCAGGUGGUAGUUGUAAAAUGGGAACCGGAAGUGACGCUGUUGUCGAUACAAAAUUACGAGUGAAAGGAAUCAAGGGACUGAGAAUUGUGGACGGAAGUAUAUUUCCAUCGCCAAUUUCCGGACAUCCAAAUAGCGUAAUAAUUGCCGUGGCAGAGAGAGCUGCCGAUUUUAUAAUGUCUGAUAAACGGAAUUGAAUUUCAAAAUAAUAUAAUAAUUUUAUAUUAAAAAAUAUUGUAUUUUCAAAACAAAAAUUCUCUUUCCUUACUUCAUUCAAAUAUUAUAUCGAAAUAAAGAAAAUUAUUUUCUUAA